AUGACUAGUUCGAUCGACCUCUUUCAACGUCUCUUUAUUUGUCCCGAAGGUUACAAACUCAUGACGGAAAUAUCACGAGGGAUGUCUGCGGACUCUCUACAGUUUGUCAGGGAUGUUAUCACCUUUUAUGAGGCACACAAACAAACAAUGCAUUUUCUUUCCUUCUUGAUCACUGAUGAGAUGCAAAAAGCAACAAAUGGGUCGAUGUUUCGUGGCAACUCGUUUUGUUCGCGGUGUUUGACGAUGUACACGUUUAUUACAAUGUCAAACCAAUACGUCGUCAAUUUUUUGAAGGAACCAAUGGACGAAAUAUUCAGUGGAAAGUAUGGCUCUCUUGAGGUCGUUCCAGACAUAGGAACAGCAAAGAUUUUAGAAAGAAUCGAAAAGCUCAAAACAUGUGUGUCUAAAUUCAUCGCAUCGAUCAUCGAAACAUCAGAACUGUGGCCAGAGUCGUACCGCUACAUCUGUUAUGUUCUCUACAAUGAAACAAAAAAACUCAACAUCAUCAAGCCGAUUCAGUCUAUUGGUGGCUUCCUUAUACUUCGUCUGAUAUGUCCUGCUAUAGUCCAACCUCACAAAACGGGAUUUUGUCUUGAAAAACCAUCUGACGAAGUGAUGAGGAAUUUGGUUGUGGUGUGCAAAAUAGUCCAAUGCAUUUCUAACGCGACUGCUCCGCAUGAACCGCUCUUAAAAGGGUUAGAGUCGUACAUAUCACAGGAGUCUCUAAAACUCGAAGCGGAACUUGAACGGGUCUUUUCUGUCCGACCCAGCAAAUUUUCAUUUGUGCCGAUCAAAGAUAAGGACCUUGAAACCGCGAUCAACGGAAUUCUAUCGCUUUGGGCGGAGAACCAGAAAACAGUGACUACGUACUUGCAGGAGAACGCGCGGCAAGAGUUUAAAGAACUUGCUGAGGCAGUUAUGCUUUUCAAUAGCAAAGAGUAUGUGAGUAAAAAGAGUGUAAUGAAGAAGAAGGCUAAAGAAGAUGAGGCGAUCCAACAACUCUUUGCAAUAGCAAGGAAUGGAAAUGUUGUUGAUUGCGAGAGUGUGCUGAAAAAGUACCCUGAACUGAUCGACUGCACUGACGUGGAUAUGAUGACUCCAUUGCACUAUGCAUUUGUGUUCAAGAACACCGAGGUUGUAUUGUAUCUCUUGAAAAACGGGGCGAGUCUGUACCUGAAAGAUGCGAUGGGGAUGAAUGCGUUACACUACGCUUGUCAGUCCAAUAUGGUUGAGACGUUCGACUUUUUUCAGUCGUGUGAUUAUAGUGAGGUUGGUGAAGUGAAUGAAGAGGGCAACACAUGUUUACAUUACCUUUCACAACACCAAUUUGGGGAAAAGCAUGAAGCGUUUGUACAGUAUUUGUUGUGUAAAGACUCCGCGUUAUUGAACGUGGCGAAUUACGCUGGCGACACUCCUCUACACUUUGCAGUGAAUUGUUAUCUGAGUGACACAGAGAUCGGGACAUAUACAGUGAAGACGUUGGUCAAAUUUGGAGCAAAUUGUACAUUAGAAAACCUUAAGAAGAUUACUCCACUGAUGUUAGCACAGCAAAAGGGAAAGAUCGACAUCAUUAGCUUACUUGUUGUCGACGAGGUGUGUAAGCCAAUUUCACCACAACCAAAUCUGAAGUUAAAUGCAGAGAUCAUCCGGAUCAGAACAAACUCGGCUGAGGUCGCGGCGAAGAAAAGGGGAAAAUCAGGGUCCCACAAGUUACCGUCUUCGCCAAGGCUCCUCCCUGCUUACUUAACAAAACAAACAACCCAACCAAUUAAGUCUUCGCCUGUUGUUAAUAAAUGA